AUGCAUUACUCUGAGUUUGUCAUUGUUCAGACAACCACCAAGCUAGGCAGACACAUUGGAAGAUACAAGAAAAAACUAUUUUUAGCGACAACAAACAAAACGAACCCAUUGAAAGGUGUUUCUGGUAGCCAGCGCAAGCAGGAGGCAAAGUACGCAAUGGUUGAAGUCAAGGAAGAGGUUAUAAAGGAAGAGACAAGCGAUGAAGGUGUCAUCAACAUACCACGGCUGAGAGUUGAUGGAAGAUAUCUAGCGAACUACGAAGGACCGAUCGACUUUGAUUAUGACUUUUAUGAGAUCAAAGAUGAAAUCAAAUGUGAAGACAAAGUGACGGGCAAAGACAAAGAAUCGACACCAUGUGAACAAUCGAAUGACAGCGCCGCCAACGAUUUUGACAACGAAGAGCUAAUAGGUGACGCAAUCGAUUUUCAAACACUGCAUCCAGUCGGCAACGUGAAAAAAUGGAAUGGAAGCUCCAACCGACGAAACAAACGAACGAUUCCCAAGAAUCCAGUGGUCAAAAAGCAAAACAAGCACAAAUGUCAUGUGUGCAAUCAUUUGGCAAGUUACAAGUCUCAACUCAUAAUACACUUGCGGACUCAUACUGGGGAGAAGCCGUUCCAGUGUGAUGUUUGUUUGAAGUCCUUUGCACGAAAAGAUCAUCUGAAAGGUCAUAAGAAAACGCAUGGCCAAUUUCGUUGUUCAAAAUGUAAUCAAGGAUUUGAACAAGAAUCAGCCAAGAUCGAUCAUGAAAGAUUGUGUAAUCCCAUCAGAUUUGAAUGUGAUAUUUGCGGAUAUCAGACUGUGGUGAAAUCCAGUUUGACAAAAAUGAAGCCAUUCAAAAGUGUUUCUGGUAGACAACGCAAGCGCAAGACGAAAUCCACAAAGGUCGAAGCUAAGCAAGAGCCUGUUAUUAAGGAAGAGCCCAACGAAGGUGACGAUGUCAUGAACAUACCACAGCCGAGAGUUGAGGGAAGAUAUCGUGUGAAUUACAAAGGACCGGUCGAUUUUGGGUAUGACUUCGAUGAGAUCAAAGAUGAAAUGAAAUAUGAAGAAGAAGAGACGUACAAACAAAAGGACUCGGCACCAUGUGAACGAGCGAAUGAUAGCGCCGCCAACAAUGAUGACAAAGAACAGCAUAUGGGUGAUGCAAUCGAUGUGCAACCACCGCAUCCAGUCAGCAGCGUAAAGAAAUGGAAUGCAAGCUCCAAAGAACGAAACAAACGAGCGAUUCCCAGGAAUCAAGUGGCCAAAAAGCAAAAGAAGCACAAAUGCCAUGUGUGCAAUCAUUUGGCAAGUUGCAAGUGCUUCGGAGGAUAUGCAACCGAAACUGAAAAAAUCGUCCAUGAAGAUAACUGUGGUCACCGUCAGCACCAAUGCUAUUUGUGUAAAGAGCAUCGCCGAGACAAGCAACAUUUGGAAAUACACAUGCGGAAAGAUCACACGGGAGAGCGGAUUAAAUGUAAAGUGUGUGCAGCAAGCUUUGCCAAGAAAGGUCAUGCCGAUCGACACAUGAAAACAGUACAUCGUUCUAAGAAAUGA